AUGGAGGACUUUUUAUCAUGCUGUGCAAGUACAACAUUCGCUAAAGAGAUGGCUAUGGUCUCUCCAUUUUCUUCAUUGGAACAUGCAAUUUCUAUUGCUAGAGAAAUAUGGUUUCGCAAAGUGAAUGUUAGGGGUUGGUUGGAGGCUAUUUCAGGACGCUCUUGUAUCAAUCAAUACUUGGAAAUGGCUAAUGAAACUGUCAUGCAGAUGCGCUUUACAAACAAGCAUGAGGUUGAGUUGGGUAUUGCGUCACAAGAGGAAAUGAAAUUUAUAGGAUUGCACAUUACAGAGCUUCUUUCCAAAAAAUCUGCCCAAACUAUCAACAAGGAAGAUGUGUUAGCUAAAUAUUCAGGCGAAAUAGUUAAUAAUAGUCUAGGUGGGGAAGAGAUUGAUUCAGCAGACAAUUUAGAUAACAUCUCCUCCGCUGGAAUUGACAUGUCCAUGUAG